AUGGCUGAUGCUGACUGCAUCCGCGUGCGCAUCGACUAUGAAACGGCUGGGCACAGUGGGUACAUGCUACUUGAUCUGCAUCCAAGUUGGGCCCCUUUCUCCUGCGAGCGCUUUCUGAAGUUGGUGGACUCAGAGUUUCUGGAUGGCCAGCGCUUCUGUCGCGCCAUCGAAGGCUUUGUACUGGACUGGAACUAUGGGCCCUGUGCUGGCGCUUCUGAUGCCUCGGACCCUCACAGUCAGAUCUACAAUGAAAUGCCCUGGGCCAAACCACGGGAAGUGGAUGCUGCUGGCAAGUUGCAGAAGAAUUUGGCUGGGCGCAUCUCUUUCGGCCAGGAGGAUGAUGGAAGCACCAAGACGGAAGUGUUCAUCAACCUGGUGGACAACUCUGCGCGACUGGAUUCCCUGGGGUUCGUGCCCUUUGGCGAGGUAGUGGGUACCACAGGACCAUGCUUGGACGCCUGGGAGGGUGGAAGGCUGAGUGACUUCAACUUCUCACAUGGCGACAUUUUCUUUGCUGGUGGAGCUACGCCUGAGAAGGCUCAGGUGCGAACCAAAGUGCUGGUGGCCGGUGGCAAUGGCUACAUUGACAAGACCUAUCCGGGCCUCACCUGCCUUGUGCGCUGCCAGAGGACCUUGGCUUCCUUGCAGGAUAAGUUCCUUGACCAUGAAGAAGGGCAGAAGGAUGCUGAGACAGUCCUGGCGGUGCUGGCACAACUGGAGGCCCAAGACACCUUGGGGCAAGCCGCGGAGCGCUUUGCCCACUGGGACACGACCCCACUGAAAGAUUCAGAGGAGAUCACCAAGUCCUCCGAGAAGAUCGAUGCACGGCUGUUGAUUCAUUCAGAGGACUUGAUGACAGCAAUCCUGGAGGCCUUUGACUUGCUGCAGUGGUGCCUUGCCAUUGGAAAUCAGUUGCUUCGACAUUUUAAGAAGUAUGUGGUGCGGGUGGAGAUUGCGCUGGGCCGUUCAGAAAUGGAGGUUCCGGCCGAGCUCUGGCUGUCUGCCGAAGGUCGUGUGGAUGAGAGCAAACUCUCAGCAUUAACGGCCGUGCGCACGACUCUACACGACCUGAUCUAUCGCCCCAAGAUCCGCUUCCCCUCGUUGGAUGCUUUCUUCUCCUCUCUGUCUUCCUUAGAAAACUCCACGGAAAUUGCAGGUCUCGUGACGGCACUGAACUUCGCACAUUCCAUGAUGGGACCGCUACAAGAACUCCUUGGUGGCCAGGACCUGAUAUCGGCCCUGGAAGGAUGCAGCAUUGGCGAGGAUGCUGCAAAUGCUGAAGCCAAGCAGCUUCUUGGAGCACUGCUAGGGUUGGUGGUUUUCAAAUGGUGCCGAAGCCGCUUUCGGCUCAAGUGUCCCAUGGCGACAAGUGGCUAUUCAGCUGCACCAAGCCGCCCUGAGCUGGUGGAGCUGCAGAUUCUAUGCCUCACAGGUCAAGGAUUCACCUUACAGGUGCCACCUCUGCAACUGGGCCGCGAGGUCCAAGAGAUGGUCUCCCAGCAACUUCCAUGGAAGACAGGCGCAAAGAUCGUCCUGCACCAUGGCGAAUCCACCCUGAUGCUGGACCAGAGCCUGCAAGAGCAAGGGAUUGGGAAAGCUGCAACCCUGUCCUGCACAUACAUUCCAACUGAUGUGUAUGCGGCCUGGUGUUUCAUCAAGUUAAACCGACCACAGGAUGAAAGGUCUGCACUCGAGGGAUUGACACAUCUGGACGCUUUAACAAAUGAUGUGUUUGAAUGUUUGUACAACCUCCCCCAGAGCCUUCGAAAAUUGAAAUUCACGGUUGGUACCUCUACCUCCCCGGGGAACAAAAAGCCGUUAACAUUGGACUCUGUGAAAUUACCAAGCGGCCUCCAAAGUUUGAUGGUCCGUGAUGAUGGGCAAAACCCAAGCCUUGAGGGCUUGAUCCUGCCAAACAAUCUGCAGAGUUUGACAUUUGGUGCGCAUAGCCUGCAAUUUGUGACCCUCCCCGACCGGCUUGAAAAGUUGAGCUUUAGUCACAGCUUCAACGAGAGCCUCGCAGGUGUGCCCCUGCCCAACAGUCUUCAAAGGUUGGCUUUUGGUGACAGGUUCAACGAAAGCCUGGCAGAAGUAAGCUUGCCCAGUGGCCUCAAGAGCUUGAGUUUCGGUUUGUCAUAUAACCAUAGCCUUGAGGGUGUGACCCUGCCGUGCAAUCUUCAAACCUUGAGUUUUGGCGAGAGGUUCAACCAAACAGUUGAGCACUUGACCUGGCCAAAUAGCCUCCAAAUCUUGACUUUUGGGCAGUACUUCAAUCAGAGCCUCGCUGGUGUGACCUUUCCGCGCAGUCUUCGAGCCUUGACCCUUGGUUCUCAGUUCAACCAAAGCCUGGAAGGUGUGAACUUUCCAGACAGUCUUCAGGUUUUGGCUUUCGGCUUUCAGUUCAACCAAACUUUGCAGGGAGUAAUCCUCCCCAGCAGCAUUCAAAAACUGACUUUCGGUGCAAUGUUCAACCAGAGCCUUGAGGGCGUGACUUUGCCAUGUGGUCUUCAAAGCUUGGCCUUUGGUGCCAGGUUCGGCCAAAGCAUGGAGCAUGUGAUGUUUCCCGGUCUGAAAGACUUGACCAUCCGCUUCAAGCCGAUGCAGUGCUUGCCAAGCAGUCUUCAGAGCUUGAAAUUAUGUGGAAACUUUAGCGAAAAGUUGGAGACCGUCGACUUGCCACCCAAGCUGAAAAGCUUGACCUUUGGUGACAGGUUCAACCAGGGCCUCGAGCAUGUGACCUUCCCAGCAGGCCUUGAAACUUUGACGUUUGGCGAGCAUUUUGACCAAAGGCUUGAGGAGGUGACCCUUCCCUGCGGUCUGCGAAAUUUGACUUUUGGUGCUCACUUUGAUCAGAGCCUUGCACACGUGAAGCUCCCCAGCACCUUGGAACGUUUGACCUUGGGUUCUCGAUUCAACAAUAGCCUGGAGCAUGUGUCCUUUCCACAGAGCCUUAAAAGCAUUGCUUUUGGUGAUCACUUCAACAGCAGCCUUGUGAGUGUGACCUUUCCAUCCAGUCUUCGAACCUUGACUUUUGGCCACCAGUUCAACCAGAGCCUUCAUGGUGUGGAUUUGCCAGACUCUCUUCAGACCUUGACGUUUGGCCAGUCGUUCAAUCAGAGCUUGGUGGGAGUGGCCUUGCCAAGCAGUCUCGUGAGCUUGGCGUUUGGUCGUGGCUUUGAGCAGAGCCUGGUGGGUGUGACCUUCCCAAGCUGUUUGCAGAGUUUGAUCUUUGAUCGUGUCUUCAACAGAUACAAAAAGCUGCAGGAACUGCUCCCUUUACAGUUUCCCAGCAGUCUGGAAAGUCUCGUGAUGGAUGGCGUCAUGGUGAGCUGCACCGCCGGUGCAAAACCACCCGCGCGCCGUGGCAGCCGGGAAGAGGGCUGUGCGCGAUGGGUCAUGGCCUAUCCAAGGUUGACCAGUGGCGCUACUGACACGGAGGAGGAAGAGGAGGAGCUGGCGCAGAUUCCAGCGGAAGCGCGGCUGCUCUACCUGCUACUGAACGACCCAGGCAUCGUGGACGGGUGGAGGGGCGAUGGGUCGGAAGAACCUGUGUUGGAAGUGGUGAUGGAUGGAAUAGAACAGAAGUCUGCGCCGCAGCGAUUGGUGGAAAUCUUGGAUUUUCAGGCUGCUGUAACCUUGGCUGCCAGCACUUCGGACACGGCCUUUGGACAGGUGGCCAUUUUCAACGAGCAGAUCGGACUGGUUCGCUUGGCUGUCACGGUGUUGAAACCGCUUCUCACUAUUCCUGACUUUGUCCGCCAUGACCGGAUUCCUCCGGAAAUGAUCUCUCCAUGUUGCCAGGUGGUGGAUGAUUUGCGAGAGGAGUUUCGCUUGGAGUGGUGGCUAUCCACAGCCUUAGCCAAGAUGAAGCUAGAACUCAACAGCCUCAGAGAACGACAGGGCAAUUGGCGAAGGAAGCUGACGGAACUGCGGCAAAGCCAUCCUGUUUUGGGUUUCUUCGCAGCAAGACAGCUGGGUGCCUUGCUUCGUGCCUUGUUGCGGGAUGAGGGCACUGCAGCCAUGAAGGUCUUAGAUGCAGUUUCGCGAACCUGGUCCUGGAGCUCUGCCAGUGCUUGGUGGGAAAAGCUGAAGCUUCGUGUGGCGCCGAGUGCCACCCCAGAGGACAGCCCAGCGGCUCUGAAUCAAGAUGCCCGGAACUUGCAGAACUUAGCGGACGGACUUCAGGAGCUGUGGGCUUCCUUUGGAUCGACUGCUGUGGCGCCAGCGGUGCCCGCGGAACCUUUUGAUUGUGGCGCAGGAGCGCAGGUGGUUCUGGCCCAAGACAUGCAGAUGGCCACCGCUUUAGUGCUCUGGCCCUUCCUCUCCUUGAAGCGCCGACCGCGGCCAGAGGAGCUGCUGCUCUGCCACGACAGAAGUUGCAGCGAACAGAUGCAGCUGCUGCUGUUGAGGUGGGCUCAUGCUUCGCAGGGUUUCUUCUGCCUCUUGUUGCCAGACAAUGCGUCCUUCGCGGCUCAACAGGCGAUUGUCCAAGCAGUGCACGAUGCGACUGAUGAGGCUGGUCCACUACCAAAACCACGAUGCCCUUUGCUGCUGGUGGUCUGGGGAACACAUGCUGCGCAGGCGCAAGUGGCCACCCAACUCAUGGCGCAUCGGGUGGAACUGCGGCCACCUGAGACUCAGCCCUUUGCGGAGGAGGUGAUGUCGCUGAUCUCGGCGCAGAAGUGGCUCUCUGUACACGUGGGCCCGCGUGGAGUCUCAGGUGAAACGAGGCAUUGUGGUUGCGGCAAGACCUUUUCAGUGCGGAUGACAGCCAAGGAGUCCAUUGGCUACAGCUGUUUGAAGCUCACGGCCAACAUGGGCGUGGGAAAGCUGAGCCAAGAGUUGAAAUCCCUUGAGCUGGCAGGCUCGGCCCCGGCCUCGGCUUUGCUGCACCUGGAUCUGAGUGCGGGGCAACAGCUCUUGGCCUCGGAUGCCUUUGCCGUGGCGCUGGUGGGUUGGGUCACCGUGUUUUGCUUCGAAAAAGAGGGCUUGGUCGAACUCCUGAUCCUGGGACGUCUGGGUCGAACCGCCGCUCGUGAUCCCACCGAAAUCUUCCAGCUGGACAGCAGGGUUCGCGUGGCCAUCGAGCUUCCCGCAGGGGUGGAGGUCGCCGGUGGUAGCUGGGCCGCCUUGCCGUUGCUCAGCUGGCUACCCCUGGUGAGCUGCUCGUCAGAGAAUCAGUCGGCACCGAGCCGUCCUGAGAAGGUAGAGCCAUCGAGUGUGGUGAGACCUAGCCAAGCUGCAUCGGGAAGCAAGCGAGACUUUCAAGGAGAGUCACGCAGUUCUUCAAGACCGGUCGCAAAGGCCAAAGGUCCUACUCCGAUUCAGGUGUCUCUAAGGUAUACUCCAAGAUUUCCGAGAUCCCAACAUUUGUAUCGUUUUUCGGAAGCCAACGGCCCGGAAGAGAAACAUACUUUGGCCUUCAACGAAAUCGAGGACAAAUCAAAAGUGCGCGUGUUGAUAUUAGAUUGGCAUCAGGUGGUUGAUCGUGGAAGAGAAGGAACAACGUAUUCCUUGGACCGGGUCCCAUCGUCCAAUUUGAAAUUUAUCAGCCAGUGCAUUGAAGCAGCCGAUAAGUUUGGGAAGCAAUUUUUUGUUGGAAUUCUGUCGUACAUCGACACUGACAAGAGAGCGGCCUCAACUUUAAGGUACAUUCGAAAUACUGAACACUUUGCACAAGUAUUUCACUGGGGUAUCAUUGUACGAAAAGAUCGUUGUGGUGCCGAGGGGAAGUGCGCUUGUGUUACAGAUAUCAUCGAGCAGACAGGGCUCUACGAGUCUUCAUUCUUCUUCAUUGACGACAGUUCCGACGUACUUAGUGAGUUCAGCGAUUACUUGCCUCAGGUUCGUGCUGCACACAUUAAGAAUGAAGCUCUAGCCUUUGCAGAACAAGUUCAUUCAGAUGCCGUGCAACCACAGCCGAGCGAGAAGCCACUUGGCUCCGCAGCCGUCAUCGCCAAAAGCCUCUUCGGAGAAAUCCAAAGCCUCGUCCAAGAGUUCGCAUUCGUCUUCUUCGAGCGAUUCGAAGAGGGGACAUGGGGGGCUGCAAUGUCGCAGCAUCACUUGCUUGCCUUGAAGAUUGAAGGAGGCCACAAGGUAGUUGCAAACCCAGCGAAAGCUGAAAAGGAAGAAAAGGAAAAACCCAAAAAGGAGAAACCAAAGAAAGGUGAUAAGGACCAACCUCGCGAAGAAAAAGGGCAGAAAGAAACAAAAGGGAAGACUGAGAAACCCAAGAAAGAAUCUCCGAAGAAAACUUCAGAUGUGGCUUCAUCAGUUGCUGCUGCGCCUGGAAACCCAAAAGGGAAGGGCAAGAAGUCGGAACCAGGGAAAGGGUCUUCGGUGCCUAUGUCUCGUGAGGACAGAGCCAAGUUACCAUGCAUGUACUUUGCCUAUGACAGCUGUACAAAAGGGGCAAAAUGUCCAUACUUGCAUGACAAGAACAAUUUAUUUAAGGGUCCGAAGCCACAAGCACUGCAGAAGUCUAGCACUAGUGCAACUGCCGGUGCAGCAACUGUUAGUGCCGGUGUAGCCCGAGUCAUUGCAGGUGCAGCUGUUGGAUCCACAAUCAAGGGGGCUGAGGCUGCAAGGGCGAGUUGCAGUAAUGCACCGUCCUCAGGGCAGGAGCAAUCCGUAGGUGUUCUUUCAGAUGCCAAAUGCAAAGCUCAGAAGUUUUUGAAGAGAACCAAAAGGCGCGUGAAACAGCCUGGGAUGUUCGAAAGAGCAUUCAAGUGCGUUGCUGCUAUGGCAGCAUUGACAGAUCCAACGUGCCUGAGACAAGAGUUCUUGAUUGACUCUGGGGCUGGGAGAAACCUGAUUUCAAAGAAGAGUUUGCCGGAGCAAUGGGUUCCUUUCUUAGAUGCCGUUGAUGAUGAAGACGAUUAUGCACCUUCAAUUGCUGAUCCUGAAGCAGAGCCUGGGGAUAUCAACGAAAUCCUUGAUCUCCUUGAAGAGCCUGUUGGAAAAGGGGAUGCAGAAAAGAAGGAAGGCCCGCGGGGAGGGCCCGCGGGGGGCCCGCGGAGGCCCGCGCCCGCGCAAGUCUUGGGCUAUCAGGGGACCUAUGCCAGCAGCUUCCGUGCGGACGAGGCCUCCUUGCGCUUCGGCAUGGGCGAUGCCUUCGCGUCGGGCAGGCAUGAUGGGGUGAAAGAUCAGCAGAGGGCCAACGCCUAUCAACGUCUCCAGUACGUUUGCGGAGCUCUGGCGGUGUUGAAGCGCUUGAAGGGAGCCUUUCCGCUCCACUUCCCAUCGCAGCAGCUUUCGGAGAUGGAUGGAGAGACCUGCUACGAACUGUUGGUGGAUGCCGCAAAGCUGUCUCUGCGGCCAUCGCUGUGGAACCUGUGGGCAUUUGUGGACGUCCUCUAUUGGCAGUUGAAGGAGGCACCUGUUUUGAAGCUUGAACUGCUGCAAGCUUCAGGAGAUGAGAAUUGUGAUGAUUCAGAAGGAGUCUGUAGAGCCAUGGUGGCUCAAGUCGUAGCGGGCCAAAUGAGCCAAAGAGCUCAAAAGAUGUGAUGUCUACCAUGUUUGCUGGAUAUAUAGCUCCCUCCCAAGAAGAGGCCCUGAUGGUUCUUCAGGUGCUGUGCUUGACUGGUGAGGGAUUGACUUUCAAGAUUCCUGGUUCUACCCUUGGCCGGGAUGUUCACAAGAUCGUUUCAGAGCAGCUUCCAUGCAAACCGGGUGCCAGGCUUUCCAUGCAUCUGGGGUCUACAAGACUGAUGCUCCACGUUCCCAUUCAAGAUCAAUGCACAGGCCCUGCAACGUUGUCCUGUACUUACGUGCCAACCAAUUUGUAUGCAGUCUCCUGUUUCUUGCAGGAGGAGGAAAAUCCUGAGGACCAAUUUGCCAUGGAUGGCGUCACCGAGCUCCACGGCGCACCGUUUGGGGAAUAUUUGCGCCACCUGCCAAGAACACUUCGAAGGAUCGAUUUCCAUGAUCGAUUUAGUCAAAGCCUGGACAGGGUAACCUUGCCGCAGAGUCUGGAACACAUGAUCUUUGGCGCCAAGUUCAACCAAAGCCUGGAACGAGUAUCCUUGCCAAAUGGUCUUAGAACCUUAAUAUUCGGUGCUCAAUUCAAUCAGAACCUGGCGGAUGUGGCCUUGCCAGACACUCUGGAGACCUUAGAGUUUGGAGCAGACUUCGACCAAAGCCUGGAUCGUGUGACCUUGCCAAGCAAUCUCAGAACCUUGACUUUUGGUCGUGAAUUCAAUCGAAACCUGGACCGUGUGAGGUUGCCAAACACUCUGGAAAGCUUGACAUUUGGUCUUGGGUACAAUCAAACUCUGCAAGGCGUGAAUUUGCCCACUAGUCUGCACAAAUUGUGCUUUGGUGCUUUCUUCAACCAAAGUCUGGAGCAUGUGAACUUACCAUGCAGUUUGCAAAGCUUGAUUUUCGGUGUUGGGUUCAACCAGUGCUUGGACCACGUGUCCUUACCCAGCAAUCUUCAAAAAUUGGUGUGCGGUGCCUGGUUUAACCAGAGCCUCGAGCAUGUGACCUUGCCCGACAGCCUUCAAGACUUGGCUCUUGGUGAGAAGUUCAACCAGAGCUUGGAGGGCGUCGUCCUGCCAAGCAGUCUUCAAACCUUGACACUGGGCGGGGAGUUUGACCAAAGCCUGGAACAUGUUGUUUUUCCAAGCAGCAUCAAAGCGUUGACCCUUGGCAACAACCAUGGGCUGGACAAAAUUUCUUGGCCAGCAAGCCUUGAGAGUCUGACUCUUGGUUGCAGGUUCAAUGAGGAGAUUCCAAGAUCUUUGAGUCUUCCAGAUGGUCUUCAACGCCUUUCCAUUGGCCGGGAGUUCAACCAGGGCCUGCAAGAUCGGAUCUUCCCGAACAGCAUCAAAAAGAUGAGUCUGAGUGAACAAUUCAACCAGCCGCUUCAAGGGGUGACCUUACCACGUAGCCUUGAAACUUUGUCGUUUGGUCUGCUGUUCAAUCAGCGCCUGCAAGACAUAAACUGGCCCAGCCUCAAAUCGUUGACGUUUGGCCGCGAUUUUAAUCAUAGCCUGGAGAAUGUGGAUUUGCCGAGUUGUCUUCAAAGCUUGACAUUUGGUGAUUACUUCAACCAACCAUUGGAUCGCACAACUUUGCCAAGAAGCCUUCAGAACUUGACUUUCGGUAGCCGCUUCAACCAAAGCCUGGCGGAUGUGACCUUGCCAGACACUCUGGACACCUUGGAGUUUGGCACAGACUUCGACCAAAGCCUGGAUCGUGUGACCUUGCCAAGCAAUCUCAGAACCUUGACUUUUGGUCGUGAAUUCAAUCGAAACCUGGACCGUGUGAGGUUGCCAGACACUCUGGAAAGCUUGAUAUUUGGUCUUGCAUUCAACCGACCCCUGCACACUGUGACUUUGCCCAGCAGUCUCCGAAAGCUGGGUUUCGGUCUGGGGUACAGAAAGAGCCUGGACCGUGUGAACUUCCCAAGCACUCUGGAAAGCUUGACCCUAGGUAUUGAGUUCUUGCACAAGCUCCGACGCACACCUCUGCCCAGCGGCCUUCAAAGGUUGACAUUUGGAAGCAGGUCGGGGCUGACAACACAUUCUGGUGAUGUUGGAGAGCUGUUAGUGAUUUGCGUUGCUUAGCAAUGAGCCUCGCACAGGAGGUACCCUCUCAAGAUCAGCCGACAGAAACAAAAA